AAGUUUUUCAACAAUAAUCGUCUCUAAUAUUAGUUGAGUUGUGUUUGAGUGUUCUAUAACGACGGGCAGAGCAAAAAUAUUAAAAUAAUAUCAAUAAAAAAAAAAGAGAACAAGAAAAACUUAAAGAAUACUACGACGACGACAACAACAACAACAAAAUAUAUGUAUAAAAGUAAAAAGUAAAAACAAAAAAAAAUAAAUAAAUAUAAUAUUUUUCCACAUCAAAAAAUUGUAUUUUCUGUUUUUUCAAUACUGUACCAACAAUUGAACGCAGCGCACGCCAAAAAUUUCUUCAUAUUUAUAUUUUAAUAAUCGAAAACCACGAAAUAUAACAGCAGAACAUAAUAAAUUUUCAUUUUCAUUAUGUGAAAUUAAAGGAUGGAAAAGAAAAAUCAAUAAAAUUUAAAAUAAAAUAUUUAACAAAAAAGUGUUAUAUUAAAAAUAAAUAGAAACAGAAACCAUGAAAAUUAAUUAAUAAAAAAAAUUGUACAUUUGAUAAAAAACAAUAUUUUUCAUUAUUGAUUCUUUUAAUGUACAAAAAAUUAAAACAAGGAUUUAAUUUAAUUAAUAAAAAAAAAACAAACAUUUAUUUUAGAAUUCAUAAAAAUAAAAUAAAAUUAAAGAAAGAGCAAGCAAACAAACAGGAUUUUAUAUAAUGUGCAAAAUUUAAAAAAAACAAAUCAAAAAUAUUGUGAACAAAAAAAAUAUAAAAUAUUUUUAUUUCUAUAUAAAAAAAAAAUAUUUUUUAAUUAUUUCAAAUGGAAAAGGAGGAAUUAUGGUGAAUUGAUUUUUUAGAUGAACUAAAUAAUUAUUUUGAAAAGAUCAAAGUUUAUAAAAAAGCGGAAAAAUAAAACAAUUUUAAUUGUUUAUUUUUAUUUGGAAGGUACAGAACAGUUGCCAAUGUUUUAUAAUUGAAGUAUAUGCAUACAUCAUAAUACACAAACGAGAAACCAAAGAAGAUAAUAUUAAACAAAUUGCUAACAAAAAAUUUAAAUUUACAAUAAAUUAUAAAUAUAUUUUACUUAAGGAGUAUUUUAAUAUCAAUAUUAAAAACAUAGUAGUGAAAAUACAAACAAUUCCAAGAUGCAUAUAGAAGUUCAAGUAGCUUUAAAUUUUGUUAUUUCUUAUUUAUAUAAUAAACUGCCGAGACGACGUGUCAAUUUAUUUGGCGAAGAAUUAGAGAAAGCAUUAAAGGACAAAUUUCAAGGGCAUUGGUAUCCCGAAAAACCAUUUAAGGGAUCUGCAUUCCGAUGCUUAAAAACUGGUGAUCCAAUUGAUCAGGUUUUAGAAAAAGCCGCCAGAGAAAGUGGUGUACCGAUCAGUGAUAUUCUUGAAAACCUUCCAGCUGAAUUGUCAGUUUGGGUUGAUCCAGGUGAAGUUUCAUAUCGCAUUGGAGAAAAAGGAGCUGUCAAAAUUCUUUUCUCAGAACAUCAUGAUCAUGCCGAAGAUUCUUCAUCAGCUGAUCGCGAAGUAACAAAAACAUUCAACCCAGAGGCACAAUGUUUUAGGCCAAUCGAUGCUGUUACCAACGGAUUAAAUGGAUUAAAUUUAAGUCCAAAAACAUCACCACAAGGUACAUCACCAACUUCAUCAACAUCACCUACAUUCAAAGGAAAUCUAAAUACAAGCCCAAAUGUUGCAGCUGGUACCUUUUUACCACGUACACAGGCACCAAUUACAUUUACGACAGCAACAUUUGCUCAAACAAAAUUCGGCAGCACAAAAUUAAAGACAAGUUCAAAAAGAACUAGCAGCUCUUAUCGCAUGUCACCAACUGAAUUUUCCAAUUAUAUUAAACAACGUGCAAUGCAACAGCAACUUCAUCAUUCCCAUGGACCAGCAAAUGGUACUACAUCAAAUCAUUUUGGUCCAAUUGGUCAAGCUUCUCCAUCACGAUCUCUAUCACCAAAUCCAUUAACUUUGGGACUUCAAAAUGAUCCAUUUUAUUUUCCCACAAAUUUAAAUGGUAUGGGCAUGUAUGCUCAUCAAUUUGGUAAUAACAGCGCUGCAGCUGCAGCUGCUGCUGCUGCUGCCGUUGCUGCAACAAAUAAUCAUCAAAACAAUGGUGUUGCUCCACGUAACAUAUUUGAUCAUUUCCAUCCUGAUACCAAUGGGUUAUAUACCAAUGGUGGUAAUUUACCAAUCGGCAGUAAAUUUUCAUCAUAUAUGGAGCCACAUUCAUAUUAUGGUUUAAAUAAUCAACAGCAGCAACAACAACAACAGCAUGGACCGCCUCCAUUACAGCAAGCAAGUCAACAAUUACAACAACAACAGCAGCAGUCACAACAACAACAACAGCAGCAAAAUCAAUCACACCAACAACAAAACUCAGCAGCAACAAAUGGUGUUAUCGGAAGCAAUCUUAAUAAUAAUACUAAUAAUACCAAUAAUAGUAAUAGUGCUGCCAAUAAUAAUAAUACUUCGACAUCUGGAAUAUCAGUAUCAACAUCAUCGGUUCCAACUUCAGCAUCUGUUGUUGCUCAAAUAAAUAAUACAACAACUACAAAUAAUAGUAAUUCCACUGUAAAUAAUGGUGGUGCUGUUAAUUCCAUUAAUGGUACAGCUGGAAAUCAACAACAAGAUACUUCAAAAAUAAUGGAUGGUCUUAAUUCAUUCUAUUCCAGUACCGGCCCUUAUCAGCACCUUUUGGUUGCUAAUUAAAUAAAGAUAUCUGAAAAAGAAAAAUGAAAAAGCUUUUAAAAUAACUAGAAUGAUAUAAAAGAAAAAGCAGACGAAAGAUAUAGUUAAAAUAAAACAAAAAACCAAACUCAGAAAAAAAUAACUAAAAGAAUAUAAAAAAAAUUUAUUUUUUUAUUUUUAAUUAUUUUUUCAUAAUAUUAAAUUACGAAAUUUUGCAGAUAAAUAAUAAUAAAAAAAGAAAAAAAAAAACAAAUUAAUAUGAAAAUAUUUUUCUACAUUUAAACUAUAAUACAAACACAUUACAUACACGUAAAUACAAAAACAAAUGAACAAAAAAUCAACAAAAUAUUUAUUAUCAAAUAACUGUUUUAUUUCAUUCAAGAUGGCAAACAAGCAUUCUAUAAUAGUCUAAAACAGUCAAAAUGUUUGUUAAAAGAAAAAAGGGAGAAAACCAACAAAAAUAAAAGUUAAAAAAUCAAUAAAAUGAUUUUUAUAAUAAUUAUAACAAUAUAUUAAAGUCAUGCUUACAUAAAUAUCUAGUUCUAGAUUAGAGAAAAACAGAAAAACAAAUAAAAUAAAUUCAGUGUAAGUUACAUUUAAAACUAGAAUAUUUGAAAAAGAAAGUAGUGGAAAUUUAAAUUACGAAAUACAUAAAUGAAUACAUAAAGAUUAAAUGUCAUUAAAAAGUAGAAUGCAGAAAAAUUAUUGGCAACAUACAUUUUGCAAAUAUAAAAAAUAAUUAACUUGAUUUUCAAAAUAAAAAUUUUGGAAAUACGGGUAAAUUUUAAUUUUAAAGUGUGUAUUCUUAUUCGUACUAAAAUUUUUGUAAUAUCAAUAAAAUCUGAUAAUAAUGUUAAUAUUGAAAAAUUUUUAUUAUUUUAUUAAAUAUUAUACUAUAUAUUUUAAUAAAUUCCAAUAUAAGAUACGCAUAUUAAUAAUUCAAAUUUUUUUUGUAUAUAGUGUUAUACAACCCAAUAUUUUAUACAAAUACUAUAAUAGUUUAAGUAUUAAAUUCAAAAAAAAAAUCUGACUAAGAACUUUGCAAUUUUUUCAGUAUUAAGUUUCUAUACUUUAAGUUAAAUUUCAGAUUUUCAUGUAAAACACAAAACUAAAUAAAAAAAAAUUAACAAUUCAAAUCGAAGACAACCACAAAAUAAUUAUUAUAGUAAAACACUUAAAUGUAGUUUAAAGCAUAUGUUUACAAAAAAAUGCCUCUAGCGCAUUAUAAAAAUUUUUAUUUCCAAAGUAUAUAUGUACUUAGCAUUUGCAAGUGCAUAUGUUAAAUGCUUGUAAUUGAUAUUAGCCAUGAAUUCCAACCCGUCACAACGCAAGGGUCUAUUAUCUCAGCAAAUCUUACCAACGCAUUUGACAAUUAUAUUAAUUUUUUGCAUUUUCUUAAAAAUUAAUGCAUAAAUGAUGAAUAAAAUUUCAAUAUUAUGUCAAUUUCAAAAAUUAUGCUUGUCAUUUUAUAAAAUUUAACACGAUAUGAUUGACAUAAUUGUCAAUUCUUUGAUGCGCUGAGAAACGACCGGACUAAAACAAAAUGUUAUUCAUUUCAAAAACAAAAUAAAAUUAUUUGCAAUAUUACCAAAAAUAAAAAACAUUAAAAGAAAUUUUCACUACUUUCCGCAAUAGCCGAAUUAUACGUUAUAUGUGUACAUACAUAAAUAUAUUUAUAUACUUAAAAUAAUAAAAUUUUCAAAAUUUGUUUUUGAUACUAUAUUAACUUAGAUUUAAUAUAAAAAAAAUUAAAUACAUAGAUAAAAAACAAAAAAUCGUGAAUAUUAGAAAUAAAAAUUAUAAAAAUUCAUUUUCAUCGUUUUUUCUAUUUUUUAUAUAACAAAAACUAAAAAAAAAAAAAAAACCCAAUAUAAAAUUUUGUGAUUUAUUCUCUAAGAAUGUUUUUAAAAAAGAUCUUUAAUAAAAAAUAAAAACUAAAAUAAAAGACGUUAAAGAAAAUUAAUAUUUUAUUUUUUAACAUUUGAUUUUCAUUUAAUUUUUCUUUUUCUUAAUUAUUUAUUUUUUAAGCGUAAUUUUUUUUUAAUCCUUAUCUUAAAUACUAAGAAUUAACUUUUCCCAUUAUUCUAAUAAAUGUUUAUUCUCAUAUAUUCUUCUUAUACUGUUAUACAAUAAAAAAUUUUUUCUAAUUUAUUUUUUAAAUACAAAAUUACAAUUUUUAAGCAAAAUUUUCUUAUAUAUCAUAAAAAAAUUAAUAAUUUCUUAAACAAAUAUGAAAAACAGUUUACAAAAGUAAUUUAUUCAAAAAAAAUUCUCUUUUUUCUAUCUAUUUUAGAAAGUCUAUAUUUGUAAAAAGUUUAUAAUUAAAUAAACGAUUUUGUAUUUUAAUAUAAAAUAAAACAAAUUAUAAACUUUUUAGUUCAACAUGCUUAAAAAAUAAAACAGAAUUUUUUUUAAAUAAAUUUCUAGCCUAAACAGUUUCAAAUACAUAUAAUACCUGUAUAAUUAAUUCAAAAAAUAAACUCAAAAAAGAAGGUUCAAAAUUAUCUUCUUUUCAAAAAUUAUGUAUAACAAGCAAAAAAAAGCAAAUAGAACUCAAUAAAUUUAAAAAAAAUUAAAGUUUAAUCCUAUAUUAUAUAAUCGUAAUUAAUAAAAAAGAGCAAAAAAAACAUAACAACAAACAUAUUAUUUAAAAUUUAAGACAAAAACAAAGAAAACAAGUAAACAAAGUAUUGAUAUUAAAGAAAAACGAAAUAGCAAGAAAACAGAGGUAAAUUUAAAAGAUUAUUAUUUUUCUUUUUCUUAUAUAAUUUCAGGCAAAGCUACCCACCAACUUGAACUAAACGAAAAAAAAAAUUUUAAAAAAUAAACAAAAACCAAAACUGAAACUAUAUACAAGAAUUAUAGAAAAAUAUAAAA